UCUGUUUUCCACUUGGCGCGACGGGCGGCACCGCCAGCUAGGCGUCCAACGUAAGGAGGGGGAUCUCCAGGAAUUCAGAUAAGGGAUAGGGUUGCUGGCAUCCUCCAUCCAAUGAACGCCACACAGCUCUCAACCAUAUCUCAUCUUCAGGGACCCACCCAAACACAUACUCCAGAUUUUCUCUCCUGCAGCUUGUAAAGAUCACAAACUUUAAUUUCUAGGGCAGUUGCCAAGAAGGCUGUUUCACAUCCAUUUUUUUUGGCCGGGAGAGAGAGCAUCUAGCUAGGGAGAGAAAGGAAGAGACGAGAGGAGAGAGAUGGCCACUGCUUAUGCUCCCAUGGCGAGCCAGCUGAUGAAGAGCAGCUUGGUGUGCUCCAAGCCGAGGGGGCUGUCUGGUGCUUCGCUGACAAGGAGGCCCCGCUUCACAGUCAAGGCCAUCCAGUCUGAGAAGCCAACGUACCAGGUGGUGCAGCCCAUCAAUGGCGACCCCUUCAUCGGCAGCCUGGAGACGCCGGUGACCUCCAGCCCGCUGGUCGCCUGGUACCUCUCCAACCUCCCGGCGUACCGCACCGCCGUCAGCCCGCUGCUCCGCGGCAUCGAGGUCGGCCUCGCCCACGGCUACCUCCUCGUCGGGCCCUUCGCGCUCACCGGCCCGCUCCGCAACACGCCGGUGCACGGCCAGGCCGGCGCCCUCGGCGCCGCAGGCCUCGUCGCCAUCCUCAGCGUCUGCCUCACCAUGUACGGCGUCGCCUCCUUCGGCGAGGGCGAGCCGUCCACGGCGCCGACGCUGACGCUCACCGGCCGCAAGAAGGAGGCCGACAAGCUGCAGACCGCCGACGGCUGGGCCAAGUUCACCGGCGGCUUCUUCUUCGGCGGCAUCUCCGGCGUCCUCUGGGCCUACUUCCUCCUCUACGUGCUCGACCUCCCGUACUUCUUCAAGUAGAUCUUUUGUUUGUAAGUGCAUGACCGGGUGAUGCAUGUGUAGAUCGAUCGAUGAUGGAACAUGUGUGUGUUCAUGUGGUGGCUGAUUUGAGUGCCUUCUACUUGUAUAAAUGAAAUGCAUCUGCACAAGGGCACAAACAGGCUGCCUGCAUGGAUAUAUGGAUGGUGUGCUGUUGUAACUUGGGAGUGUUACUUUCUUACUUUGCAGAUAAUUUAAAAUGGAAAGAAAAAGUUUUAACAAUGAUAA